AUGUCCGACGACGGUCCCCAGCUUCUGCGACCCGUUCCGCGACGCCCCUUUAACCUCAACUUGACGAGCGCGACACCCCCAGACGACGAUGACCAAGACUCGCCUCAAACCGGCUUCGGCCUGCGCGACCAAGACUUUUCCGCCCCGCGCUUCCUCAAUGGGGGCCUGACACCUGUCGAGUCGGGCACCUCCAUCAGUCGACCCCAGUCCUUCAUGAACUUGACCUCGUCGACGCUCAUGGGCAUCUAUUCCCAAGCCACGGGCUCCUCCAACCGACUCAUCGACCGCGAAGAUCUCGACACGCCCUGGGGCACGGGCGCCCAGACGCCCAUCAAGAGGCCGUCCAUCGACGAGGCCACGUACGAGCUGAUGCGCGACAGAUCGCACCUCCCGCGCCGACGAUCGUCAUACCGUCCCGCCGAAACCUCAAGCUCGUCAAGCGCCGGGAGCCUCGCCGCCCGUACCUUGCGCGCAAGCCUGUUGUUCCUGUUGGGCGUGGGCUACGGCAUGAUCGUGACGCGCCUCCACAACGAGCAGCAGUAUCUCGCGGAUCUGGCUGAGGGUAUUAUCAAGCCCGGUGCCAACUGGAAGUACCUCGCCUUCUGGGGUGUCUCUGGUGUUGUCUUGGGAUCGCUGCUGCCGUGGUUUGAUCGGGUGUGGGAAGAUAUGUUUGGCGAUGAGGCUGUCGACGAGGCGGUUGUCAUAGCCGAUGCCGACGGCUCCACGGACAAGGAGCUCGGCCCCGGGACCGACUGGGCGCUGGUGAUGCGGGCCAUUGGUGCUUUUGUGGGAAUAAUAUUUGCCAUUCGCAAGCUACCUUGGGCGUCCUCUUUCCAAGUGUCGGCGACGCUCGCGCUGGUUAACCCCCUUCUGUGGUGGCUCAUUGACCGGAGUAAGCCCGGCUUUGUCCUUUCCGCAGGAGUCGGGUUGAUCGGGUCUAUCCUUCUGCUCGGCCUCAACCCAGAGAUGAUGCCCGCUCCAUCGAGCCGACUCUCGCCCCUGGGUCAGGCCUCACAGAAUGCGUCGGUCGACGCCGACGUCACGGGUGCCGGCGCGGCUCAACACGCCCUUCUGGGAGGCCUGGCGGAACAGGAGACGAUCGAGACCGGCGUCUGGAUGCUUAGCGUGCUGUUUUGCAGCUGCUUGUGCUUCGGCAACAUUGGCAGGCGGCUGGCGUGGAGCCGCGGCGCCGGUGGCAGAGGAAGAUGGGGAGGCGUCAGGUGA